AUGGAGAUCGAUGAGAUCCAGUGCAAGUUCGCAAGAAUCGGCGAUGGCAACGGUGAGUUAGUGCACGCCCGGAAUAUGGACAGCCCGUUCGCGGCGGAGGAUGACGGCAGCGGCGAUAGGGGCGGGCGGGGAGUGGGCCUGAUGGGGGGUGGCGUGGGGCGGUUGUACGGGUGGCCGUCGUCGCGGAUCGUGAGGGUCUCGCGCGCGUCCGGCGGGAAGGACCGGCACAGCAAGGUGUUGACGUCGAAGGGUCUCAGGGACCGGCGGGUGCGGCUGUCGGUGAACACAGCCAUCCAGUUCUACGACCUGCAGGACCGGCUGGGGUACGACCAGCCGAGCAAAGCGGUGGAGUGGCUGCUCAGGGCGGCGGCCGCUUCCAUCGACGAGCUACCGCCGAUGAGCAGCCUCUUUCCGGACACCCCCAAGCAGCUGAGCGACGAGAAGCGGUCGAGCGCGGCCGCCGGCAGCGAGCAUCUGGGGUUCGACUCGGCCGAGAUCGACAUGGACGGCGGCGGCGGCGGAGGCGGCGGAGGUGGAGAUCCGGGGUUUUCCCAGCCGCAGGUGACGAAAUCCUCCGCCUGCAGCAGCACGUCGGAGACCAGCAAGGGGUCGGCCGGCCUCUCUCUGUCCAGAUCUGAGAGCCGGAUCAAGGCCCGUGAGCGUGCCAAAGGUAGAGUGGCCGAGAAGGAGAAAGAGAAGGAGAAUGACUCAUCACUUGUGGCCGGCGCCACACUGAACCAUAUUUCUCAGGCCACCUCUUUCACCGAGCUCCUGAGCGGAGGAAUUAGUAGUGCUAAUAACAACCACACGAACAGCUCCGACCACGGCGCCAAUGGCACCGUGUCGAAUUUCUUCCUGAAAUCCCCCAGAAAUUGGUCCUCAACCCCGAUGGACUACUUCACCUCCGGCCUCUUGGGUCCGCCGCCGCCGGCGACCGCCCGCUCGGGGCAGAUGCAGCCGGGUAGCGCGAACCCAUUCGCACCGGCGGCGUCGCCGAUGUUCAGCGUGGUUCCCGACCACCACCCGGAGCUUCAGCCUUUCUCCUUCGUCCCGGAACUUGUCUCCGGCGGUGGCAGCCACCACAACCUGAACUUCACGAUCUUGCCGUCUUCAGGGAACUCGACCGGCGCUCUUGCUGGCUUCAAUAGGGGGACCCUUCAGUCCAAUUCAUCUUCUCCUCCGCCAUCUUUGUUACCUCAGCUCCAGAGGUUUUCCGAUGGAUCUCCACAUGGCUUCUACUUGGAAACCCACCACCAUCACCAGCACAACCAGUUCCAGUCCGGCUACGAUGCCGGCCAGAAAGGAAAAGGGAAAAACUGA